AUGAUCAGGCCUCAGGACCGAUUCUGGUCCGACAGCCAGGGCUAUUAUGGCCCGAGCGAAAACCCGGCCACCGAAGCCUAUUCCAAUGUCUGGGAUUGGGACCAACUACAGAUGAUCAAGGUCAAAGGCACUGCCAAGGUGUUUCCGCCCGACGGGGAUGUAGAACUCUCGAUUCUAGCGCCAUUGGCGGACUAUCUGUCUCCAGAAGUUCGCGCAAUCACAGUCGACGACGACGGACUUUUAAUUGAUGUUUCAACGGAUCCGGAAGAAGACGAUACUAUGUUUAUGGCAUACCCCCCGAUCUCGCUAUGCGAGUCGCUUCGCGAUUGCCGUACUAUUCAGUACCCUAAGCUCCAAGAGCUCGACCGACUUGGACCAUUCGUUGAUCUCGUAUCUUACGAAGACGAGGCCAGGAACCCCCAGAAAGUUGCUUUCAAGUUUAACGUCUUGUAUAAGCCUCUAAGACUGCAGAUGGCGUGGGAUGAACUCAAUAUACUGAAAAGUCUACCGCCACAUCCUAAUUUAAUACCCUUUGAUCGUGUGGUCCUUGAGGAAGGGUCUCGGGUGAUUGGAUUCACAACAAAGUACAUUCCGAGCGAGACUCUCGAAAAUCCAGAGAUCCCUUUUCGAUUUGAGUGGCUGCAACAGCUUACUCAACUCGUGGAUAUUCUCAACCUAGAGUAUGGAGUGAUGCAUCAAGAUAUCGCACCCCGGAAUCUGCUCAUCGAUCCUAAUAGCCACAAGAUCAUUCUCUUCGACUUCGAUCGGGCUGCAUCCGGGGAGAAGAACCUGUGUGACGGUCGCGAUGAUGUCAGCAGCGUGGUUUUUACACUUUACGAGCUUAUCACGAACGAUACCACCUUCUCGGGUAUCCCCCACUGGGAGCGGAAUAUAGAUAUGGUGCAAAGUAUUUCAGAGUGGACUAGCCAUCGGGAGCUAGACUUCGAGGUACAAAAGUUUCGCGAAUUCCUGAAUGAAUGGGUAGCAACACGACGAUCCGACAUGGAUGAGGGCAUGAAGCGAUAUCUGAAUGCCCCGAAACGAAUUACGCUGCCGGACCAACCAACAGCACCCGAGUACAGCGUGCCGUUUGAGAUGGGCACAAGGGAUGGAAACCCAAUUUUGAGAACGGGUGGUCGGUCUAGAAACACCGCAAUAAAGCUGGGGCAGCAUUGCUUUCGCUGGGAGGGGCCACCACAGAGCCGUCUGUCAAGGCAGGGUGAAAAUACUGUCAAAUAG